GUUCGCAGUCAUUCCUGUUUGAUUCACGCGGUGGCAAUAUGGCGUCGACAAGCCGCGGAGAUGCCCUUCCCAAGGUGCAGUGCCCCAACCACCCAGAUGCUCUGCUGGUGGAAGACUACCGAGCGGGAGAUAUGAUCUGCCCAGAGUGUGGCCUCGUUGUGGGUGACCGGGUCAUCGACGUUGGGUCCGAGUGGCGGACAUUCAGCAACGAGAAGGCCACGAAGGACCCGUCCCGUGUGGGCGAUGCCCAAAACCCGCUGCUCAACGGAGGAGACCUCACCACUAUGAUCAGCAAGGGAACGGGUGCUGCCAGUUUUGAUGAGUUCGGAAACUCCAAGUACCAGAACCGCAGGACCAUGAGCAGCUCAGACCGGGCCAUGCUCAAUGCCUUCAAAGAGAUCAGCACCAUGGCGGACAGGAUUAACCUGCCCCGAAACAUCAUUGACCGAACAAAUAAUCUAUUCAAACAAGUCUAUGAGCAGAAGAGCCUCAAGGGACGGAGCAACGAUGCCAUCGCUUCAGCUUGUCUCUACAUCGCUUGCAGACAGGAGGGGGUCCCACGGACAUUCAAAGAAAUCUGUGCCGUGUCCCGGAUCUCCAAGAAGGAGAUCGGCCGCUGCUUCAAGCUCAUCCUGAAAGCCCUGGAGACAAGCGUGGACCUCAUCACCACGGGUGACUUCAUGUCGCGCUUCUGCUCCAACCUGGGGCUGCCCAAGCAGGUACAGAUGGCCGCCACAUACAUCGCCCGCAAGGCCGUGGAGCUGGAUCUGGUGCCCGGGCGCAGCCCCAUCUCAGUGGCUGCAGCGGCCAUCUACAUGGCUUCGCAGGCCUCUGCCGAGAAGAAGACUCAGAAAGAAAUCGGAGACAUUGCAGGAGUGGCAGAUGUCACGAUCCGACAGUCCUACAGACUCAUCUACCCUCGUGCUGCCGACCUCUUCCCGCCGGACUUCAAAUUCGACACUCCCGUUGACAAGCUGCCUCAGCUGUGAGAACGUGUGCUGAGCUUUUUUGUAUUCUUAGGUUUUUUUUUUAAAUUCAAUUUCUAAGGAAGGUUUUGUUUUGCUGGUAAUUCAGACUUUGUAAAGACAUUUACAGGAAUACAUGUGUACAGAACACACAUUCCAGAGCUUUAAACUGCACCUAGUGUUUCUUGUGUAUAUACUGUACAUACGAUGUCCAAGUGAACUUUAAUUGGUGAUCGCUGUUAGGCUGGUUUCUUAC